CUAGUUGUUUUACAGUCUCUGGUUGUUUCGUACAGAGAAUGAGGCACAGUGAGUUUACUGAAUAACAACGGCUACCAAACCAACUGUAAUUCAAAAUAUAUGCAUACCUGAAAUGUUACCUGCGUAACGUUAAAUUAAUUUACGACAUAGCUCAUUUACCCCAGGUAACGUUAGACUGUUAAUUGUUAACUGUUAAUUCACAUGUGUGGCGUUGCAAUUAACUAACAGCAUCCAAUUAUUGUGACAAAUGAAGUAUCGUUUUUAUAUCCACAUUGAUGUAUAACAUCCGUUCUUGCAGAAUAAUGCGAAGAAGAAGAGCUAACUAGCUAGCAACGAAAUGUAGAUGGGUACCUUACGCUAAGCAUAGCUGGUCUGUUAGCGGUAGCUAGGGCCAUAUAACAUUCGCUAUUUCAGGUAAUGUUGGCCUGCUGUUGAAGCGAUGUUCCGAUGCUAAAUGAUCAAAUACCGAUCGCCGAUACUAAACGAAUUAUGCGCUUUCCAUUUGCCACUUCGAUUAGGCACGCUGGAGGCAGGAGCCCGGCAAAGAAAUGGUGUGUCUGGUACCAGUACCGUUCCUUUUGAUUACUGUGAACUUGUUUUCUGCGAUGAAAGAAAUAAUCCACCGACCACAGGGCUUGUCUCAUCCCGGCAUAGGGUUUAUUGGAUCUGUCUGCUGAUCGUCUCGGCUCUGUCAGUGGUCUUAUGGUAUAAUCAUGUAACCAAACUGAAUGUUACCAUUAUGGCAAAUGUGGGUCUUCGUGGGUACGUCCGGAUCACAUCUGGACAGAUGGAUCAGUACCUGGAUGUCCACUGUAAAGAAUGUGCCUUGGUUUCCAGUUCGGGUCAGAUGCUGAAAGCAGGCAAAGGGAAGGAAAUCGACGAACUGGACUGCGUAAUCCGCAUGAACAAUGCUCCAACGGUGGGGUACGAGCAUGAUGUCGGGAGUAAGACCAGCCUGCGCGUUGUGUCCCACACCAGCGUGCCACUGAUACUCAAGAAUGAGACCUAUUACUUUCAGCAGUCAGCGGGUACCGUGUAUGUUGUGUGGGGGCCUGAGAGGAACAUGCGUCAGGAUGGCAAGGGCAAAAUUUUCAACGUUCUCCUCAAAGCUGCUAAGAAGUAUCCCCAUGCCAAAAUCUAUGUGGUGACCAGGGAGAAGAUUCAGUACUGCGAUGGACUUUUUCAGAAUGAAACGGGGAAAAACAGAAUGCAAUCGGGGGCUUUCCUGAGUACUGGAUUCUUCACCAUGGUGCUGGCGAUGGAUAUGUGUGACAGUAUUCAAGUAUAUGGGAUGAUCAGUGAUGACUACUGCAGCCAGGCCAAUCACACGGCCGUUCCAUACCACUACUAUGAGAGGGGCCGAAUGGACGAGUGCCGCAUGUACCGUGUUCACGAGAAGGCCCGGCGUGGCGGCCACCGCUUUAUCACAGAGAAGGCCAUCUAUGGCAGGUGGGCCUCCCACAAAAAAAUGCAGUUCCAUCAUCCCUCAUGGACAGCCCGGGAAAAUGUUUCCUGAAUGCAUUUGUUGUAUUUUGGAAUUUACCUAUUAUAUUUUAUGCAGUGGGUUCCCCAAAUUUAAUUACUGCCUGUCUCGAUAUCUAAGCUUGGUGGUUGAAGUAUUUGGAAAGUUAUGCCUACUAGUAGGUUAAAGGCAUUCUAUCACCUAUUUGUUCUGCUGGAUUUAAUAUAGGGGCAAUUCAGCUAGAAUUUUGAAUACUAAUAAGGUGUAAAACAGUAUAGUACCUAUCCACGGCCCUUAGGUUCAGAGUCCACUACUUUAACCAAUUCCCCACAUAACAGUCCUGUAUGUAUCCGUGUCAUCAAUUAUACAUAGUCUGACUUCACAAGUUUUAUUUGGUUCAGAAUUUCCAAAAAUCUGUGGCCGUUAUCUGUUGCAGUACAGAAAUGUGCUUCAGACCACAUGCACUUCAUGCAUUACUUUGUCUGUAGAGCCACUGUAGCAUGGUGCGUCGGUGUGAACAUUCACAGAUAGACAAUCACUCAUACAACAAAGCAUGCUUAUAUGCAGUAAAUGAAAGCAUUCUUCUAGCCAGGCUUCUAGUUCACUCAGAAUUAAUCUAAACCAAGAGUAAAAAUGCAGGCUUUAAUGGAAUGGAAACAGCAGGCUGGACUGUUUCUUUUUAAAUUAAAUUUUUUAUUUUUGCUUUUCUGAAUAUGUGCACUGUGCAGCUUAUUGAUAGCUGAUGUUUUAAACAGAAAUAUAGUGAAAUUACAAAAUGUUUACCAAAAAAUGUUAACGGGUAAAGCAAUAUCAUCUAUUACAUUUAAAGUGGUGUCAGUCAAAAUCAUUCUUUUUUUAUUGUAUUCUUUGGUUUAUUAUUUGUAAUGCACUGAUGACAGUCAAUUUAAGCAGUUGUUUUACUGCGAUUUGUUUGUUAAAAGCCAUAAAUUGCUUUAAAGGUUAUUCAGUUCGGCUUACAUUACUGCUGUGCUUUCUUAAUGAACUCUGUGUCUUUGUGCGUGAGUGUUCAAUUUUAUUUUAAAAGCGUAUAUUAUUGCUGUACUUGACGUAACAGUUUAUGAUUGUAUGUGUCCAGAUGUGUUUUCUUCAUUUGAAAGUAGUACUUAUUCAGGUUGGAUUUGUCUCUUUAUCCAAUGGGAUGGAAUCUUAAAAAAAAAAAAAAGAACAACGUGGUUCUUCUGGAAAGAUGGUUAAGAGAAUAUCUCGGUGCAAUAUGACACAUGAAGGAGAAAGUACAUUGUUAUAUGUAGACAUACUUGCCGUUUUACAUGCCAAUCCUUAUGAAAGGCUCUAAUAUGACUUUUCAGAUAUCGGAGAUAAGAUUGUUGUGCCUUAUGCAUUGUUGAAAAAACAGUUUCAAAACAGUUGUGAUAAAGAGGAGCCUGUAUAAGCAUUUUUGUUGCCACUAAGCAACCUCUUGCUGUUUAUAUUAUAUACAAUCUACAAAUAGGUCUGUGUUUAUGUACAGUAUUGCUGAAUCAUGAUAUGCUUUUCUGUGGACAAAACAUUCAACCACUUUGUCACUUUUACAGUGUUUUUGGCAUAUGUUUUUUAGUGAAUUUUUAUGGCACCCAUGAAUGCAUCAUUGUGUAAAUAGUCCUGUCCCCUUUAGUCUUAUGGCAUGGAAUGCAGUGCAGGGAAUACUGGCACAACAGUUUCAGUUCUCUCCUUAUCUCACUGCCAGAGACACAAAGAUUCUUUGAAGGGAAGAAAAUUCUGGUUCCCUGUGAUUGACGGUUCAAAGAGGGUGCAAAUGCAACUAUAGUUACAAGUAAUCUCAAGGGAAGUCAUUGAUAACAAGCACUCGUAAAAUACACAAUGUUUUUACAUUUUUACUUGUACUGAUAUUAAAUAUCUUGUGUUUAGACAACCUUGGAGUAUUCCAGGCAUGAUGUUCUCCUGUGCAUUUGCAGCCAAUCAUUUCACUCAUUGCUGUUUUUGAUGCAUUUUGAUACAUUCUGUACAAGACUGUGAUCAUGUUAUGUUGUGAGUGAACCAUUGCCAUGUCAUCUUUGUCCUGUUGAAAAUAUUUUUAAAUAACCAGUGGGUGACGGAACUGAAUGGCAUUGCUGCUCCAAAUGAACUUUGUAUUAAUUGUGUAAGUGUUAUGUAACCACUCUGUAUGCUUGUGACAAAGUUGUUGAAAACGGCUUGCACUUUCCCAUUAAACUUUUUAAAUGCUUU